GUGGAAACCAAACAAAAUGUCACACUUGCAGGAUACCCAUAAAAGAUGUGUACACACAUCAUUGGCUGUAGGCAAAUUUAUCUCCAUGUAAGGGAUUAGAAACAUUUUGUAAAAUGAGGCAUUAUUAAAUUUGACAUGAUUUUCAAUUCACAAUGACCAAAAAUCAUUUUGCCACACUUGGUAUAAAAGUCGGAGCAACUGAGGAUGAAGUCAAAAAAGCCUACCGAACCCUCGCAAAGAAAUUCCAUCCUGACAAGAACAAGGACUCUGGUGCAGAGGAGAAGUUUAAAGAAAUUGCUGGAGCUUAUGAAGUCUUAAAAAAUGUUGACCGUCGCGAGAUACAUGAAAGAGAACUCAAUCGACCAAAACACUUUGAAGCAGCUACAUCAAGUUAUACUAAAUCUGAAUCGAAAGCAAGCUCGACUGCUGGUCCGUAUGAAUCAUCAUGGUCUAAGAAAUUUGGACAUCAGUCUGAAUCAAGGUACAAUGGCUCAACAUUUGGGAACUUUGCUGAUGAAGGCAAGGAGAGUCAAUUCUUUACAAAGAAAGAGCCGAAACCUAAAGCAAAGCCCAAACAGAAAAAGAACAACUAUGGAAGUAGUAACACUAGACAAAGGCGGCCCUGGUCGCACACGGCAACGCCAUCGGAUGACAACGAUUUCUCAUAUGAAUACUCAAGACCUCAAACACCAAAAUCAAACUUUUCCUUUGCCUUCAAGUCUUUUGUGGAUGACCUUGGUAUGACAUUUGAGACUUUUUUUAUGGGAAGCCCUAUGCACUCAGGAUCUUUCGAGUUUUCUGCCUUUUUUGACGAGCCAUUCGAGGAUUUAUUUGGUGGCCAAGGAUCAUUCAACACCCCCCGCCAACAACGCCCCAGGAAGCGCAAUGUUGCACCUGAAAGAUCUGUACCUGACCCCGAAUCCAACGGAAUCGACCCUGAGUACAUGUUCUCCUCCCCCGGACCUCAGCCCAGGGCACAGAAUGGUUUCCAUGACAACUCACGCACCCAUACUCGCACCACUUAUCAUGAUAACCCUUUCGGGUAUGAUGAGAAAUCGGACAGGCACAAUGACUCAGAUGAUGACAUGGACAGUCGACUGUUCAAGUGCUCAUACUGUGAAAAGAGGCUGCCAUUUAGUCAACUGUCAACCCACGAGCCUGCAUGUGUUCUCCGCCAUGGAGGUAGGUUUGAUGUGGACAGCGAAGAUGAGGUUGCUGGGGACAACGAUGGCGGAUUCUCUCCUGAGGAGGACCAGUAUCCAAACAGGUCAGGUGACUGGCGCCAGACCCACGAAAAUUUGUUACACAAUAUCCGACGGGCAAAACGGGCUCAUAAAGCAAAUGCCCGUCCAUACAACUCUGCAACAACGCCCAGCACCACUGAUCGUACUGGCAGGGAAAACAAAGAUGAAGGCUUGGCUCAGAUCCAAUGCAAGUGGUGUGGACGCUCAUUUAGCCAUCCAACAGCAAAGCACCAUAUUCCAUUCUGUGAGAAGUGGACUAAAGAACAUGGCACGCCUCUCAAUCCAUCUGGCAAACCGGCGGCAAGGGACUUUGGCAGUAAAAGCCAAAAGGCUAAACAGUACGCAAAGCAUAUUCCCCGUCCGCGGGGUCAUUCAAGGGAAACAGAGGAUUCUGACUCACCACGCUCCCCUAGCAGCCAUUUUGACCCAUUUCGACAAACAGGCAGAGACACUAUGAAUAAACCCGGAGCUCCCUCUGGAACAGGCUUGCGUUCCACCUUCACUCCCAGAGCUGAGCGGGACUCCCCUGUGCCUGGACCCAGUGGAAUACGGCCAUCACAGGCAUUUACAACUAAUACACGUCCACCGAUGAACUCCAGCAAAAGACCACCCAGUUUCAAAUCCACGCAAGAUAACAGUAACCUGAGUGGGUCUUACAGCAGUCCCAUGGAAGACAGUUAUGGGUUUGGUCUGAGCGGAUCACGGAUCAAGACCUCGCCUCGCUCCAACAUUGGGGAAUCAUGCCCCAUAUGCCGCAAGAAGUUUGGUUUAAACAGCAGAUUCUCGUGCACGUGUGGUGUCCGCAAAACUCCGGGACGUAACGCAAGCAUGGGCCAUUAACGCAGCACUUUCUUUUUGAGGCUAUUCUGUGAAUAGUGUUAACAUGUAGUUUGUUAGGUAGUAGCACCUACGAAGAGUGCCUUUCUUUAUUCAUAUGUCCGUCCUUAAUUAAUCUGUGGACAAUCCUAGGGUAUUACCAUGAUUAAGUACCGGUAUUCAAAUUUAAAGUUUGAAUAUUAAUAGGUACUGUUUUAUUUCAGUUUUGUCAAGAUAUUUUUCAUACUGUUAUUGGGUUAAAUGACUAGACAAUGUAGGAAAGAAAAACAACGCUAGUUAAAACUGUAUUUUGGAGUGAAAACUUGACAACUCUAUGUGCCAUACAUUUUAAUUUCUCAGUGCUAUUAUUAACUAAAUAACGAGAAAUUGUUGUCUGUAUAUUGCGGAUGGGUAUUCCAGUGCAUGGACAAAAAAGUCACUCAAUGAUUGUAAUUAUGUAAAUAGACAAUUAUGAAAAAGUAGAGAUUUAUAUAUACUUUGGGGCACAGUAAUUGUCAGUACAGUGUUUUAUUCACCAAUUUGAGAAUGGGAAAUGUGCCAGAUGCGGACAAAAACCAUAUAAUUAUACUGACUAAAUUGGGAAUUUAGUCUAAAAAGAAACAAAAAUGCUUUAAAUAUUUGCCUGAAAAGAUAAAAGAAUGUGUCAGAUUAAAAAGGGGUACUAAUUAAUUGUUAAUUGAUAUUACAUAAGUAAGGUGCCUAAAUUCAAGAAAAUUGUUACAUAAGGGAUCAUAAUGCUCAUUAGCUUUAAAGUAUUUGCAUAAGCAUACAAUGAUAUUUUAAGCUAUUUGUAUUGAUAUUUUUUCAGAUUCUUGUUCAUAUCUAGUUUAUAUAUUUAUGUUUUAUUAUUUUUCCAUGUUAUUAGUUGUGUUAAUGAUUGGAACAUUAUGGGUAGACUUCUAUUUACACACGCAAGUGCUUAUCUAGAUUGAUUAUACACCAGCAAAGUGUGCAUGCUUGCCUCUACACUUGUAAUCUUAACUGAAAAAUAGUUUUGAUUCCAUUGAAAUUAUAAUUUUGAAUGAUUUGAGUUGUAUUGUUAACAUAAAGUGAUGCGGGGCCUUCAUUAAGAAGCCUAAAGGAGCAGGUUUAUACUUAGUUAUAAAAUAUACUGUUGAAAAUCACUCCUAGAAACACAAUCGCUCCUAGGAACAAAAUCACUCCUAGAAACACAAUUGCUCCUAGGAACAAAAUCACUCCUAGGUACAAGACCGCUCCUAGUAUUCUUGAUGAAACAGCCCCAUAUGUUUGUAUUUGGAUUUGACCUUGACAACAUUUUUCUGUAUUAAUGCUUUAUACUAUGAUUGUUGUGGUGGAUUGUUGCAAUAUAUAACUAGUUGUUUUGUUUUAGAGUUUUUUCACCAGAUUAUAAAAUAUAUUAAAAUAUAUAUUAUAGUUUUUAUCCAAUCAACGAAUUGCAUAUUAAUAGACUGUUUGCCUUCAAGUCAAUAUACAUUUCAUUCUUUCUUUUUUUAAAUUAUCCCUAAGGAAGCAUCUGGAUUUAUUUAAUUUUGGUUUCCAUGGAAUUUUGACAUAAAAAUUUAUUUCUUUGGCAUAUACCGUAACAUCUGGUGUGGACAAAUUGCCCUAUUUCAGACAAAAUACUUACUCGCACAGCCAGAAUGCGGCUUAUAGGGGCAGUCAGACCUUUAUAAACUGAAUUACUGAGUUUUGAUCCAUUUUCAGUUAUUUAAUUUUGACCAAGUGUUAAUUACACUUUUAUUCCCAUCCUUAAUGGACCUAAGUGUUUAUUUUAUUUAUUUUUAAUGUUUUAAAUUAUGUACUAAGUUAUUUAUUUUUUAUCUUGCCAGAAAUGUUUUAUUUGUUUUAGACAUUGUUUACUUUAUUUUAAUCCGUCCAUUUUUUCUUGCUGUGUUUAGAUUGCCUUUUAAAUAAUAAUGUCACAUAAUCUAGGUACAUUGUAGAAAGUGUGUUAUACUUUCAACUUCUUGAUAAAUGAAUAUGCACACCCCAAGGCAUGAUUUUUUAUAUUAUUUUUUUUUUUGGGG